CGCGUGAAGGCGGAGCUCGAGCAAGCUACACUGCUCCUCUCUCUGUGUGAAGCCGAGAAAAGGUUCAGACUUCCCAAAGUAGUGUCCGAUUGCGCUGGAGUCCCACAUAGCUCCAGAAAAACAGUAAAUAUGUAUACAUAGUCGGCGGUUACUCUGUGGGACAUAAAACAAAUCUGCUUAAAGAUGAAGUCGAAGACCGUGUUUCUCUGUACGCUUGCAUGUUUCAUGAUCGGGCUGACAAAUGGAGCCUCCUUCUACGGCGAUGGUUUCGUGCAGCUGAGGGCGGUGGAGGCAUCCAGCCGGAACGUUCUGCACGUCCGCUUCCGGACCUCCAGCACCGCAGGGCUGCUCUUCCUGGCCGCCGGGCAGACAGACUACCUCACUGUGGAGAUGAACGACGCACGCCUGCAGGUGAGGCUGGACUUGGGUGCCGGGGAGAGAGUCCUGCUCUCGGACAAAGCCACUCAGCUCAACGACCUGGCCUGGCACACCCUGGAGCUUCUGCAGGAACGCUAUAACGUCACGCUGACCGUGGACAACCACUCCCACACCAGCAUGAAGAUGCCUCGAUCAGACCACGAGCUCAACAUCCAGGACGGCUUCUUCGUCGGAGGCUCGGGGGGACUCGACAAGCUCUACCUGCCCGGCGACCUGACUGGGUUCCGCGGCUGCCUGGACGAGGUGCUGUUCAACGAGCACAACCUCCUCUCUUCUCUGAGGUCCUACUCUGGGCUGAAGAACGUUCACGAGGUGUCCCUGGGGUGCAGCCCCCAGUUUUUGGCCAGCGAAGACGAUCCGAUUAGCUUCUUCAGCUCCAGGGCCUACAUGGCCCUCCCCGUGUGGACGUCACAGCACGAGUGGACGUUUGAGUGCUCGCUUCACACCUCAGCCAGCGACGGUAUCGUCCUGUACAGCUCAGCUCGCCAGGGGGACUUUGUUUCACUGGAGAUCCGCGAGGGUCUGUUGGUCGCCGUCAUGGGCCGAGGCGGGUCUCAAACCGAGUUGCGCUCCCUGAGUUUCGUGAAUGACAAGAAGUGGCACUACGUCAAGCUGCUCUUCACUGCGAACAGCCUGCAGUUGGCGGUGAAUGACGAGGUGGUGAAGUCCAGCGUCGCUGCCAGUGCCAGAACUAAAAGCUUCCAGCCAAAGGGCCCGACAUUUGUGGGCGGUGUGGAUGACAGCACGCGCGUCGAGGUCAGGAAGGCGGGGCUGGUGUCGGUGUCAGGCAAGCGUGUCCGAGGUGGCUCCUUCAAAGGCUGCCUGAAGGACAUCAAAGUCAAUCAAGCAAGCGUCGGUCUGCCUCAGGCCCUCGUCACAAAAGACAUCUCAGUUGGGUGUGAGCCAGAGAGAGAACCAGAUCCAACCACUACAUUAAGCCCCACCACUCGCCUCGCCCCCUCCUUCACCCACACACCUCCUCCGCUGCACAUGUCAACGCUUGCCAAAGGCCUGGUGAAGAGGUACGGCAGCAACUUCCUGGCGCUCAGAGACCUGGUGGUGCCGGAGGGAGGCCGCGGCUCCCUGGAGUCCAAACACAUCAAGGUGAACUUGGACUUCAAGAAGCUGGGCAUCCGCCAGUCCCAGAUCACGGUCCGCAUCGAGGAGCAGCCUGUGCACGGGCAGCUGAGGCUGGACGUGGACGAGGAGCAGGAGGAGAACACCUUCGGCAUGCUGGACCUGUGGCACGGCCGCGUCAUGUACAUCCACGGAGGCUCCGAGGACCCUCACGACUUCUUCAUGUUUUCCGUCUUCUCCAGCAGCAGGAAGGAGGUGCCAGGCUACCUGAAGGGCAACAAGCUGCACCGGUUUAAUAUCACCGUGACGCCUACGAAUGAUGCGCCCGAGCUAAGCUUGCCGGAGGGAAACCUGUUCUCGUUGUUAGAGAACUCCAGGAAGCCUCUUACGACGGAGGUGCUGAAGGCCACGGACAUCGACACCAACACCACUGAUCUCGUGUACUCCGUCCUGGGAAACCUCAACGCGGCGUCUGGGUUCCUGGAGAACGAGGACAACCCAGGAGAGGUGGUGAUGUCGUUUCCCCAUGACACUCUGGAGCACGGGAAGAUCAACUACGUCCACACCGGAGUGAAGAACUCCAGGAUCGUGCUGAGGGUGAGCGACGGAGAGAAGGUCAGCAACACAGUAGUCCUCAGGGUUCUCGCCGUGCCCCUUGAGUACAAAAUCGCCAACAACACGGGCACGAAGGUCGCGCAAGGUGAGGCGGUGGUGAUUGGAUCCACACAGCUUGCCGUCCAGACAAACGCUGUGAAACAGACGGUGGACAUCCGCUACGAUGUGACCGAGCCACCCCAGUUCGGGGAGCUGCAGAGGCUCCACUCCAGCGGAGAGUGGAAGCACACCAGCUCCUUCUCCCAGAGGCUCCUGGACAAGGAUCGCCUGAGGUAUGUGGGCACGUUUCGAGAGAUCCAACCGGAUGACCUGGGCGAUCAGUUUAAGUGCACAGUCACCGUGGCAACAAGAGCUACUGAAGAGCUUGUGUUUCCAAUCCAAGUCCAAUGGAUUAGGUAUGAUGUUGUAAGAAAUGAUAGACUGGAGAUGGACAAGAUAAGGAGAGUAGUGAUUGAUUCUGAGUAUCUGUACGCUGAGGGGCAAGGAGUGACAAUUCCAGAGGACAAACUAUCUUUCAGAAUACUGGCUCCACCAACAAAGGGAAAGCUUUUAUUGAAUAAUGUGAUGCUAGGACACAACUCUACAUUCAGUCAAACAAAUGUGACUGAUGGAAAAGUUGAAUACCAGCUGGUAGAUAGGCCAUUUGAAGACACGAGUGAUUCGUUCAAUUUUCAUAUUUUCACCAAACACUCUCACACAUCCAGUUACACCUUCACUUUAGGUAUCAUGGCUGAUGUCAACAAUAUUUUCAUGAAGAACGAAGGUCUAUCGCUCCUUGAAGGAGAGAGCAAACUUGUUACAAAAGAGGAGCUGUUCGCAGAGACCCUGAGCACCAAAGAAAUGUAUUACACCGUCAAGAAAGGUCCGAGGCAUGGAAGACUGACCCGCAUUAACACGUCCAACUCCACCUCAGACAACAGCAACAUUCUGUCCUUUAGCAACGAGGACAUACUCGGGGAACGGCUCAUCUAUAUCCACGACGACAGUGAGACGACACACGACUCUUUCACAUUCAUGGCCUCCACCAGCCUCACACCAGACCCUUCGGCGUCUGAGGAGGACACCUACGUAGAGCCCAAGGAAGGAACCUUCAACAUCUCCAUCCAGUUGGUGAACGAUGAGAAACCCAUAAGGGUGGUGGAUAAGGUCUUCCACGUGGUGCGUAAUGGCCAGAAGCUCCUGACGCUCGAGCACCUCUGCUUCCACGAUGCCGAUUCGGACUUCAGCGACGGGCAGCUGGUGUUCACCCGGCGAGGCAUCCCCAUGGGGGACCUCGUCAUGGCCAACGACACGUCUCACCGCUUGCAUCAAUUCAGGCAGGAGGACCUGGAGCAUAAGCGAGUGCUGUUCACUCACCGCGGAGCCACACAUGGACGCUUUGUGCUCUUCGUGUCGGACGGCAAGCACUACGUGUCCACUCUGCUGGACAUCAGCGCCCAGGAGCCCUACCUCAGGGUGGGCAACAACACAGGCCUGUUGGUGCAGAAGGGGCACGAGAGGGCCAUCAACACCACGACCUUCAGCGUCCUCACCAACCUCGACAUUCGUGAAGACGACGAGGUCACGCUGUUGGUCAGCGAGACACCUAAACAUGGCGGACUGUUCUGGAACCGGACGCGAGUCACGGUCUUCACGCAGGCCGAGCUGAAGCAGGGACUCGUGGCCUAUCGCCAUGACAACAGCAAAAACAUGGCCGACUCGUUCGUCAUCAAGGUGAAAGCAAAGGACCUAAUUGUGGAAGCCACUGUGAAGGUCAAGGUGUACCUGGAAAGCCACCAGAGGCCCCCUGUCAUCCUCAGUAACAAACCUGUGCUGGUGGAGGAGGGGAAGCCGGUUAAGAUCGACAGCAGCACACUUGAGGUUUCUCAUGAGGACAACCUUCCGUCGGAGAUCGUCUUCACGGUGGCGGCCGGUCCAUCUCACGGCUUCCUGCGGCGUUUCACGGAUGGCGAGGAGCGUUACGUGGGCACGGCGGAGCACCCGCUGGUCACCUUCACCCAAGAGGACGUUGACGAGGGCAACCUGCAGUACGUCCACCUGGGGGAUGGGCAUCAACUGGACGACUGGAUCACCCUGCAGGCCAGCAACGGGGUCACGGAGGUCAGCAACAUCACGGUGGGUGUGGAUGUGAUCCCCAGCCUGAUCCCGCUGGUGGUGUCCAACUUCACCCUGAAGGAGGGCGCCUCCAAGGCCCUGACCGACCAGCUGCUGCAGGUCACCAAUCGCCACUACCAGGGCCUCAACUUCCAGUACAGCGUGACCGACGGGCCGCUGCACGGCUACAUCGAGCACACGCGCUUUCCAGGGACCAAGCUGACAUCGUUCACCAGGAGAGAGGUGGAGCAGGAGUUCAUAUAUUAUGUGCAUGACGGCAGUGAGACCCUGGACGACCGCUUCACUGUCACGGCCAAUGACACAGACCUGCGCAAGCACAGCGCGCCGCGCACCCUGCACGUCCAGGUCACGCCUGUCAACGACCAGCCGCCUGUCGUCACGGCCAAUCGCGUGCUGAGGGUGUGGGUGGGGUCGGUGACGGAGAUCACCACGGGCGACCUGAACGCGGCGGAUGAGGACUCCCCGGCAGAGGAGCUGGUCUUCCUGGUGACGCAGCCUAGCAACGGCCACCUGGCCCUCAAGAGCGCCCCCACCAGGCCCCUCAUGAACUUCACACAGACGCACAUCCAGCAGGGACAGCUGCUCUUCGUACACAACGGGGCCAUGGCUGGAGGUUUUAACUUCCAGGUGAAUGAUGGGGUGAACUUUGCCCCCAGGCAGAUCUUCAGCAUCAUGGCCCGAGCCCUGGUCAUCAGCCUGGAGAAGAGCGGCCCACUCAAGGUGUUCCCAGGGUCCACUACGGCCAUCUCCAGAGAGGACCUGUCAGCGGUGACCAACGAUAAGACUGGCUCUGCCAACCGCACCAUAGUCUACACCGUCACGUCUCCCCCCAGGCUGGGCAAAAUGGUGGCACUGCAGCCAGACAACUCCACCCAGGACAUCUCCACGUUCACCCAGGCAAUGGUGGAUGGGGGUGUGGUCCUCUAUGAGCAAACAUCUGUAGACAGUGUGGGCUGGACAGCUCUGGACACGUUGAGUUUCGCUGUGUCAUCGCCUCCCACCACCCUGGGGGACCAGACCUUUAACAUCGACAUCUCGUAUGAGAACGUCGGACGCGGACGAAACUCCCUCCUCCUCAAAAACACAGGUGCUGUGGUUACCGAGGGAGAUAAAGUCGUCAUCGACAAGUCGAAGCUGGAUGGCAGCAACCUGAUAACCAAGCGUCCGCAGUCCCAGCGCCAAACCUACGAGGUCUGGUACCAGGUCAGCACUCUGCCGCAGCAUGGCUUCAUUGUGGUUGGCGAACGCAACCUCACGAAAGAAAAGCCCAACUUCUCGCAGUUCAUCCUCAACAAGUACGGCAUCACGUACCACCACGACAACUCCGAGAGCACCAGCGACAGGUUCGUGUUCGACGCCUUCCUCAACCUGAACAGCAAGCCGGCGCAGCGCCCCCUAGAUGACGACGAUGUAGUGCGGGAGUCCUUCAACAUCACGGUCAUGCCGGUGAACGACCAGCCUCCAGUGCUGAAGACCAAAGCUCCUAGUCUCAAGGUGGUCCAGGGGGACAUGGCAGUGCUCACCCCAAACAACCUGAUGGUGGUGGAUCUGGAUAACCCUCCGGAGGAGAUCCGCUACACCGUGAUCAGCCAACCCAACAACGGUUUCCUGGCGUUGCAAGAGAAGUUGAACGAGUCGGUACAGGCCUUCACACAGGCGCAGAUCAACGAUGGGGAGCUGUACUUUGUCCAGGACGGGUCUCCAGCCUCUGGGGUGUUCUACUUCAGCGUCACGGACGGCCACCACCGUCCCGUCUACAAGCUCUUCAACCUGGACGUGAUUGAGAUUGCCGUGUCGCUGGUCAACAACACCCAGGUGCUGAUGGAGCAAGGCGACACCAUGGUUACGAUUACCUCUGCCCAUCUGGCGGCGGAGACCAACGGUAAGAACAUGUCCAUGCGUUACCGAGUCACGGAGCAGCCGCGCUACGGGAAGCUCCUUCUGGACGACGUCAUGUCCUCCUCUUUCAGCCAAGAGGAUCUGGAGGCCGAGAGGCUGGUGUAUCACAUGCUGGAGUUCCACUCCGCUGCGGACAGCUUUGACUUCAACGUCUUCACGUCCGAGGCCAACCUCACGGGCCAGACGGUGAACAUCUCAGUGUUGCCCAGAGUGAGGUUCGCGGACAGGAUGCAGGUGCCCAAUGGGGUUCAAUUCAAACUGAAGACGCGCUUCCUCAACGCGACUCAGCUGGCCGUUCUGAGCGGCAGCGACCCCGUGUUUGAAAUAGUCAGCCACCCGAAGUGCGGGAAGGUUGUGAAAGCCUCGAAGCACGGCAAGAGAGCCAGCCCUCCUCUUCAGUCUUUCACCGCUCGCGAUCUCGAGCAGGAGAAGGUGGCCAUCGAUGUGAAGGCAAACUUAACGGGAGUCCACGAGCUCAACGACUCCCUGGUGUUCAUUCUGAAAGCGGAGGACGUGCCUCCUGUCAGAGGAGAGAUGCUCUUCACUGUCGUACCGUACGGUUCAAUGCUGCUGACCACCGUUAGCCCCCUUCAGACCACCCAGUCCAGCCUUACCAAUAGAACCUCCCCCGCCGUCGCAGCUGGAUCCGGCUCGUCCCUCUCCCUCUCCACCUCAGCUCCACCCAGCGCCGCCACGCAACGACACCACCAGUCCACCCGACUCCUCCCAAAGAACCGCGGCCGCAACCGCUGGGGUAACCAAGGCAACCGCACCACGGACCCAGCAGGCGCCUCCACCGUCCCCCGCCCCUCACGGGAGGGAGAGGAGGAGAGACCCGACGUGGCUCCGGUGAUGAGGAACAACCCGGUGCGCGUGGAGUCCUACCCACAGAAGAGCUCCAACCCGCUGCUGGUCAUCCUGCCCGUGCUGGCCUGCCUCCUGCUGGUCAUCAUCCUGGUGGUGCUGGUGCUCUACCUCCGCAAGAAGAAGCGGCAGCAGAAGCAGCAGCAGACCAAGAAGCCUCCCAACAGGAGCGACGAGGCCAGCCUGUCCGCCUUCCCCUGCCCCCCGAGCCCUGCGGUGGUGGUGGCCCACUCGGAAAGGAGCCCCACCAUUCCCACGGUGACUGUUACGCCGUUGAACCCCAGCUGCCCCGGUAGCCCAAUGCUGGAGAGGCAGCUUGGGGCUUCCGAUGCCUCCCUGCCCCUGUGCUCACCGUGGGGAGGAGGGGCGGAGGCGGCCACCACCCCAGCCCUGCAGCGCAACCAGUACUGGGUAUGAUGAGCAACUCGAGGCUACAGGACAUCAACCUUGCACAGGACUUGACUAAUACAUGCUGUGUGACAGGUGCAGACUUAUACAAUCACCCAGUACCAUGCUGUAAGUGGCAAAAAUAAAGUUCCGGUACUCACCUAAAAAAUACAGUUGAUAUUCACCGUCUACUGCCGUAAAAAAAACUGCCUGUACUAAAGGCUAAAAUGGAGGCUUAAGGUGACAGUGCUGGUAUAGUGUUGGUCAUCACAUUUCUUAAGCUUUGCUGUGGUACUGCAUGAUGCUUUAUCCAUCAUGAUUUUAUUCGUAUUUAAAGGCACCUUGUAAUGGAGGAGUUGUGAAGAUUAGCUUUCCAGCUAAUGCCUUCAAUGCAAGUAAAUCUUGAAAAAUGCUACGGAAACACUGUGUGAAACAUUGUAAUCAAUCAACACUAUCUUACUGUGCUAAGGAAUGAACCACUAUGCUUGUUAUGGUAUUCUAUUGAGGUGAAGUAGGAAACAGGUACUUGUAACAUGUCUUGGCUUAUGACUGAAUGAAUCGAUGAUGACUGAAUCAAACACUUUAAAAAAAACACUGAAACAAUUGAAGAUGCUACAAGUGAUAUUUGAAACCAAGGUUAAGUACAAUCAAAUUAAGACCGCUGGUUUUAAGAGUCGAUUGCUGUUUUCUGUGCUGCUGGCUGGCUGGAAUUGCAGGUGUAAUUUGUUUCAAACCCAGUUUUGAGUUUCUACCUCCAUUUUGCAAACAGACAGCUGGCUGAAGUGAAGAAGGGAAGACUUACAUUGUGGGGAGCGUUGAGCUCUGAGUCUGACUACUCAAUCCAAGGGAAUCUGUUUAUUAUGUUCUCUUUUGGGAAAUUACAUUUGUACCCUGUAUUUGAAUUUUAUCCUACUAAGUAUUUUAUUUUAACCACUGAAAAAUGACAUGAGAUGUAAAAGUCACACUGUUGGUGUGAAUGCAUAUUUUUAUGUUUUUUUUUAUGAUCAUUUCUUAGUGUAUUUUGUUAUACUUUUUGUAUGUACGAAUCUCUUUUAGUAAACUCAGGAAUUAAUUAAUAUAUGGGAAUGAUUUUUCUGUAAAAACAGCAGUAUGUCGAUGUCAAUUCAGUAUGUCUUAUGUAUUUUUUUGUAUUACACUGCAGAUGUUCGUAGCCUAGGUAGUACACUCACUGUAAUGAUAACAGCACUGAUCUGUGAAGGUAUGAAAUGCGUUUUAAUUAUCACUGUUAAUUUCCCUCCUGUAUUCACACUCGGUGUGUAAUCACACUCCCUGCCCCAGACUGGGAGGGAAGCAGAAGCCUCUAUCAGCUCACACUAUAGCCGUUCAUGAUAUCUCUACUACGGAGUCCCUACGUGCACAUCUGCAUAAUGUCUUCUGACACGUGCUUAAAGCCCUCAAGGCCUGCUUUUACUGUGUGCCACAUUUCAACCUUCACAUAAAACUCUCGCUCAAAUUCUUGCUGUACCAGCACGACUGAUUUUUUUUCAUCCACAGGCGGUGAAGAGAGCUGUAAAGCUGACUACUUACAAUGUAUUAGUGUCAUCAUCCGCUGUGAAUCAGCUAAUGGCUGGUCUGCCGUCAUUAAAACUGUGUAGACAGUAUCUAUAGUGUACAUUUCAUGCAAUACAUGCCAAAACAAAUCCAUGACGGUGGGAGAAAAAACUCUUUGUGUGUAUUGUCAUAGGCUUGCAUCAGUGAAUUGCCAUGCUGUCUUAUAUUUAUUUUUGAUUUAUGAGUAUGAAUUAAAAGUGUACAUAUUUUAAUGAAACGUCAA